AUCAGGUGAUAAUGUAUGUAUGUGUAUACCUUGGAGUAGAAGAAAAACGAGGCAACGAAGACCAAUUCCAACAGUUUUCAUCUUUCUCUCUCUCCUUGUUUCGUCGUCCCCAACAACAUCCACAUACAUAAUUUUCUCCAUUCACACCUCUGUAAUCAUCGUCACAGUCUCCUGAUUUUGGUCACAGUUUUUUGUAGAAGACAGUUUACUGAUGAAGAAGGUUUAGAGGGAGUUUGAAGGUGCUGCAUUCUAAGGAAAUAUUAAUGGGCGCGAAUAUAAACCAUCGCGACGAUCAUGAACCUUACGAUGUGACACAAGGUUUCUACUACAAGCUCUAUGACGAUGCAUCCAUGGACAGUUUCAGCAGUUUACAAAUGAGCAACAACGGAGGGGGGUCAGCAAUGUCCGUUGUCAACAGUAGCGUGGGCUCAAACGGUUCCGACACGCUGAUGCUAAAGCACCAUGGCUCGAACCAUGUGGUCACAUACACGGCUUACCAUAGUCAUAAUAACAAAGGGCGAGUCUCGCAAGGGUUAAGUGAUGAUGCAUUGGCUCAAGCGUUAUUGGACCCUUGUUUUCCCGCAAAAGGGCUGCAGGGUUAUGAACAAUGGACCAUUCAGCUUGAGAAACUUAACAUGGGACCCACUUUUGCGCAAGGGGCGUUUGGGAAACUUUACAAAGGUAGUUAUAACGGUGAAGAUGUUGCUAUCAAGCUUUUGGAAAAACCGGAAGAUAAUGUGGAUAAGGCGAAUCUCAUGGGGCAACAGUUUCAACAAGAAGUUAUGAUGCUUACGAGAUUGAAGCAUCCAAAUAUCGUUAGAUUCAUUGGCGCGUGUUAUAAACCGAUGGUUUGGUGUAUAGUGACCGAGUAUGCUAAAGGGGGUUCGGUUAGACAUUUUUUGAACAAGAGGCGUAAUAAGAACUCGGUUCCUUUGAGACUGGCGGUUAAACAAGCGUUGGAUGUUGCUAAGGGAAUGGAGUAUGUUCAUGGGUUUGGAUUUAUUCAUCGGGAUUUGAAAUCGGAUAAUCUUUUGAUAUCGUCCGAUAGAUCAAUCAAGAUUGCUGAUUUUGGUGUCGCCCGUAUUGAAGUGCAGAACGAAGGAAUGACACCCGAGAUGGGAACCUAUCGCUGGAUGGCUCCGGAGAUGAUUCAGCAUCGGCCAUACACACAAAAAGUAGACGUUUAUAGCUUCGGGAUCGUGUUGUGGGAACUAAUAACGGGUACGCUACCAUACCAUAAUCUAACAGAUUUGCAGGCUGCGUUUGCUGUGGUCAACAAGGGACUUCGCCCAACCGUCCCAAACGACUGCCUUCCGAUUCUCAGGGAAAUAAUGACGCGCUGCUGGGAUGUGGACCCCGAUGUCAGACCGCCGUUCACUCAAGUCGUCAAGAUGCUAGAAAUGGCGGAAACCGAGAUCAUGACCAUGGUUAGGAGUGCCCGGUUCAGAGGCUGUUGUGGGAGUCAACCAAUGACCAUUGACUGAUAUGUGUUAAGGUCUAAUAUCUAUAAACAUUUUUAAGUGGUGAUUUUAUCUGUAAUUUACAGGAUACUAUUUUUUUCUACAAAUAAUUUGGUAUAAAGAAAAAAAUGAUAUGAUAAGAUUGCUUGUUUUAUUAAA